AUGGAUCCAUUCUGGCUCACUGACAAAGUUACGGGAAGAUCAUGCGGUUCUGCAGAUUCCUACCCGGACUUCGGUGUCGCUUGUAGCAACAACAGUUAUCCCACUCUGCGGAGCUCUAUACCCCUCAACAAUGGUUUUAGAAUCCUCAACAUCUCUUACGAGGAACGCAGCUUCCAUGCCGUUGAUCUCGGCAAGCUGGACGUGUUGAGCGCCACUGACAAGUGUCGUGCAGCGUUCUAUAACACCUCAGUCAAGCUGAACCACCGGUUCAAGAUUGCCCCCGUCAACCUGAACCUCAUCCUCUACAACUGCACGGAGGAGAGUGGAGCAGCGGCGGCGGCACGUCGGAACGGAGAGCUGGCGCAGACGAGAGUGAGCUGCGGGAACGAGUGGGCGGUACUUGCACGCGCGGGAGUGCCUCACGACGUGACUGGGAAGUACGCCGGCUACGCUUUGGAGGGCUGUGAUGCUUCCGUCAUUCCAGUGCUGGGCUCGUCGGCAGGGGUGAACGCGAGAGACUAUGAGCAACUCUUCAAGGAUGGCUUCCUCUUGACAUGGGAUCGUCCGCCUGUGCAAUCAGUUAAUGCAACUUAUUGA